GAUUAAAUAAUGGCAAACAUACUAUUUACACUUGUACUGUUUUCUGUGAACGUUGUAGUUGGGAUAGUUGGAUUAGCCUUAGCUAUACUUGGUGGUUUAAUGACCUUUUCGAAAUCUGCAACUACACGAACAUUUGGUGAAAUAUGGGGUAGAUAUCUUGAGAAAAUGAAUUUAACAAAUUCAUCCAUUGAACAAACUAUUGCUGAUGCCACAGUAAAGAUGAGUGGUCAUUACAGUCGACCUAUAUUUGCGAUUGGUUUGAUUAUCCUUAUAAUUUGUAUCGCUGGAAUUUUGGGAUCAUGUUGUAAAAGUUCAUUAUGUUUAAAAAUUUACAUUGCAGCUAUCUCUAUCAUCAUUAUUACACAUAUCAUUAUAUUGAUUGUUUAUUUUGCAAGAAAACAAGUCCCUCAUACAUUCCUAAUUCAGUUUUUGAAUUAUUCAAUUCAUGAUUAUGUAAGUAUAUCCAGUGGUGAUCCGAAUAGUAUCUUAAUGGGUCUUAUCAUGAUGAAGUUAAAUUGUUGUGGAGCCCGAAAUGGAAGUGAUUUUUACCACCCAGUUAAAUUUAACAGGACGGAUGUUUGGAAUGGUGUAACAUAUACACAUUUAAGAUAUCCAAUACCAUGUUGUAAAUUUAAUGAAAAUCUUGAAAUAGAAGAUUCAUGUCCUAAAAGUUUUAGAAAUUCCAAUGUACAUAAUGGAUGCUUGAAACCAUUACAUCAACUCUUAACACAUUACGUUGAUAUAGCAGCGUAUAUAUCAUUGAUACUUUUAUUAAGUGAAAUCAUAAUACUUCUAAUGGCUGUAUUGAUAAAUAAAAGGAGAUAAUAACUGGAUAAAAACUAUCAACAAGUGAAUACAUAUUCAAUGAUAACUUCAUGUAAUUAUCUCAUCGCUAAAGGAUGAUAUAAUCAGCAACAACAACAGCAACAACAACAAAAAACCAAAUAAAAUCAAUCUUAUAGUGUUCAUUUUUUGUUACCAACACGUUUUUGUUUGGUUUGUUCUUUUUUUUUAUUCGAAAUUCUCGUUCAAUUGGUAGAAUAUUUUUUCUUUCUUUUCUUAAAAAGAAAAAUGUCCCUUCAUAACAUAAUCACUAUCAUACAAACAAUAUAUAUAGAUUAUAUAUGAUUAAUGUUAGAUACACUUUUGUGCACCUUAAACAUUGAACAUUUGAAUUUAGUAACAAUAAAUCGAUUGAUUCAUUAUCAUAUUGGUUCUCAUAAAUAUUAUAAACCUUUUCAUUAUUGUCUUUUGGGUGUUGUUAGUUCCCUUUUUCAAAAUAACUGACAAUGAUAAUAUUCAUCUAUUAAUGAAUUUUUAAACAGAAUGUAAUAGUAACAAUGAAAAUUCACUUAAAAUUUUGUGUAUAAAAUUACAAUAUAAACUAAUGUAAUUCUAUUAGGGUUUUUUGAUGUUGUUUAUUUCUUAAUCAAACAAUCAAUCUAUAUAUUAUUUAUUUAUUUAAAUAUAUAAACAUUGGUACAAA